CUCCAUUUUCGAUGGGGCGGACAUUUGCGAUAACUUUAAUAAUCUUACAAACUAUCAACUCCAAACAUGUGUUUGUAUUAAAGUGCGAUCCAACACUACAAUUAAAGCAAUCCCGAUCGCGCUAAUUACCUAUGUGUGCAUGAUAUCAAAGAAGUGUUAAUUAAUGAGAAACAAUUAAAGCAAUCUCGAUCGCGCUAUUUACCUCUGUUUGCAUGAUAUCAAAGAAGAGUUAAUUAAUGAGAAACAAUUAAAGCAAUCUCGAUCGCGCUAUUUACCUCUGUUUGCAUGAUAUCAAAGAAGAGAUAAUUAACGAGAAAAAUGUGACGUACUUUUGCUCAAAAUACAAACUAAGAACACGGGACUCAUAUAAUGGACGUAUUUCCUAUCACAAAUUACAACUCACAAUUCACUUACACGAAGCAACAUGGAAUUCAUUACGAGUAGUAGAGGCGCACCAAAGCUUUGCUUUGAUAGUUUUACGUACACGGUUCAUGGAUGGAACCCACUCAACGGCCCCUCAGCAGUUCAAGCAAGUAAGUUAUUAUUAUACAUUUAAACAAAUAUGAUAGUUUUCGACGUAACGUAACGUAACGUUACGUCAUUUAUACUGAAGUCCAAACAAAUGCUAGAAAUAUUAAGUUAAAAAAAUAUUAUAUAAUAACAUUCAACAUUUAUUAUGCAAUUAUCGUCAGUUCUGUGGAAUGUUGGACGGACUGGCCUUCCUUCCAGAGGAUCAGGUGAAGGAAGGAAUGGCGUACCUGAAGAGCCAGACUACAGAAGUCCUGGAGCCAGUAGUCGACUACUUCGAUCGGAACUACGUCAACGGCCCUUUCAGAUCUGUCAGAUCGCAGACCGGUGGCCUCAUCUUCCGACGCACUCAACCAAGGUUCGAGCCAGCCACUUGGAACGUCAACACAGCCACUUUGAACGACGAGGCCAGGACCAACAACGUGUGUGAAGCCUGGAACAAUGGGUUCCGGUGUCUCGUCGGCCACGUCAAUCCCUCGCUUUGGACUGUCAUCUCCUGCUUCGAGAAGGACGCUGCAAUGGUGGAAGCAGAGAUCCUCCGUGUCCAGAGAGGCCAGCCAUCAAAGAAGCCAGCGAGGAAGGGAACAGUACGAUACCAGAAGACGUUGAAGACCCUGUGCCAGCAGUUAUCCAAUGGACAGAAGACGGUCGAAGAGUUUCUGCAGGCCAUUGGGGGUCACAUCCGACUGCGUUAGGACUGAACAUCUGUAAUGUACCUGUAAUAUGAUAUGAUGAAUGUGCUAAAAUGAAUGUGCUAUUUUGAUCUUGAUUAGUGAAUUACUUAUCAUACCAUUCAGAGAACAGAAACGUAUUUUUUGCUGUAUAUACUUGUAUAUAUGAGUGCUAUAAAUGUGCUAUAUGACUUCUGAUUUGAAUUAAAAAUAUUAUAAAAGGAUUUACAUUGUUGUCUUACCUAAGCCUACAUCGUCACAUGUGUGACCUGAACGGUGUAAUCUGUAUUUAUAUGUAAUUAGUGACAAACAUACAAACUGGUGUAAAUCGGUUGGCAGUUUGCACGUAAAUUGAACAAAUAGUUAAAGAAAAAAAUGUUCAUUUUUUUUAUAAAUUAAUAUAUUUUUAAU